AUGAAAAUUUUGCUUAAAUUACCAAAGGAGAUUUUGUUUAUGAUUGUCGAAUACAUCGAUGAUAUGAAAAUACUUGAAGAGCUAAUUGCAAUUCCAGAAUUACAACAACUAGUAUUGAGGAAAAAAUACUUUAGAUUUAAUCUUGAAAGUAAUUGGGAACAACAAACUGAAGAUAGGAAUGGAGGUGGAGAUAUUGCAAAAUUAAAAUUUCUAUACGAAAAUUAUGAGUUUAAACCUUCAAAAAUUAGGGGCAAUGUCACUAUCAUUAAUGAAUUGAUAAACUCAAGAUCUUAUGAUAUUGGGGUUAAAAGAAUUAAAAUAGAUAAGGUUAAUACGUCUAAGUUUAAACAUCUAGACCAAAAUUAUGAAGGAGCCAGCUACAAGGGCGUUGAUUUCGAGGUGUUUUUAUCCACAAGUACUACAUUUGAGGCGUUUAAAGAAGUCAGUGAUAAAGUUAAUAUCGUUGCAAUACUUGCAGCAUCCCAUUUUAUGAGUCCAUUUGGGCUUGAACAUGAUCAGGAGAUAUUAUUUUUGGAAGAAUUUAGGAAGAUGAAUUUGGAAUCUUUGAAAAUGUGUUAUUCGAAUAACUUCAUGGUUCAACUUCCAGUAUCGUUAAAACAAUUAUUUUUGGUGAGUUCCGCAUGUGACAAUGCUAACCUAAGUAGCUUAAUUCAUCUUGAAAACCUUAAACUAUAUGACUGCACGGGUAUAAAUUCCUUUAGCGAUUUACAACUAUCAAAGUCUAUCAAGCUCCUAUCGUUUGAAUUCUGUGAUAUAGCAGCCUUAGGUGAUUUAACAACCUAUAAUGAGUUGAAAAUUAUUGACAUUUUUGGUUGUGAAGAAUUAGUCGAUUUCAUUAAAUGCUCCCUUCCAAAUUCGAUGGAAAAAAUAGUCUACAGUCAUGAUACCGCUCAAUGGAGAAUAUCUGAUUUGAUAAGGGGUGUAACAUCAGGUGAGAAUACAGAAUUUGAUGUAUCUGACUUUUCAGAAGAUGGAAUAUUUCUUGGGGCUAAUUUUAUUUUACCUUCUCAAUUGAAAGAGCUAAGCAUUAGUUCCGUAGUUAAUAAAUUAACAUUAGGAACCAAUUUGGAAUUAAAAAAUCUUAAUAGAUUGGAGGUUGUAAGCCUUCAAAUUGAUUUGAUUGGUUUGCUAUUUUCGUUGCCAUCGCGUAUGUUAAAAAUUGAAAUUACUUCCUGUUUCAUUUCCAAGGUUGAAACAAUAGCUUUGUUUCCAGAGCUGGUCCUAAUAAUUUUUCGGGACAAUACCAUUGAAAACGUGUUUGAAACAAAUUUAAAUGGAAUGAAAAGAUUGAAUACUUUGAAAGUUGAAAGCGUAUUCCUAAGCCUUGACGCUGAUGAAGAAGAUGAUGAUGCUGAUGUUUGCCGAUUGAUGAUUCCAAAUUCAAAUGCUGGUAAUUUACUUGAACUAAGCGCUGAAAGUAGGAAGGAAGAAAUCUUGUUUGUCGAUUUACCUAAUGUAACUCAACUUUCCCUUUGCAAUCCAGAGGGCGAUUGGUAUGCAAGCUCGAUUCCUCCUCAAUUUUCAUUAACUGCUUGUGGUAAUUUAAAAAACUUAAAUUUAAGAAGCUUGAAAUUUCAUCAACUAAAUCUUGACUGGUUCCCCAAUUCAUUGGAGGUUUUGAAUAUAUCUGGUAUGAAAUUGAACUCCAUCAUUGGAAAUUUUUACAACUUUAAUAAGUUAAAAGAAUUGGAAUUGGUAGAAAAUGAGAUCCGAAAUUCGAUGUUGAUUUAUAAAACUUUCCCUUCAAGUUUGCAAAAGUUAGAUUUAUCAAACAAUGAGUUUGAGAAUUUGAAAUGCUUGAAUUUAAGUAAUUGUGUAAGACUUCGUUUUUUAGAAUUAAACGAAGUUACAAGACUGAAAUCACCAUUAGGCGCAAAUGAAUUGAAGGAUUGGUUUCUCAAAUUAAUGACAAAUGCGGGUGAUAGAUGCAAUCGUGCGAUUUUAUCGAAUUAUACCUCCGAGAUAAUUUUUGUUAUUGUUGAUGGUGUUGAUAAGACACGUUAG